AUGGCUUGGGAACUCUCCAGGCGACGGCUCUCGCGCGCCAUCAACGGCAAGUUCAUCUUUGGCCGCAUCCCACUCCUCCACGCCAUCAUCUUUCUCAUCGAAAUGGCCCUCGUCGCCCGGCUGACGGCGAGGUUCAACACCUACUACGAUGAGCGACCUCUCAUGACCAUGAUGGUCACAAACGCAAUCCUCGGAGGCAUCGCAGACACCGUCGCCCAGGGCAUCACGUCGAUCCGCCAACGCGCCCUGCGCAAGCCCGGCGGCGUCACCAAGGACGACGAUUUUGCCAUCGAGAUCCACGACCUCGACCGCAAGACGUCCUUCCUCGACCGCGACCUGAUACCCGACUCCAAGGCGCUCCCGCCGCCCUUUGACUUUGAGCGCCUCACCCGCUUCAUGGCCUACGGCUUCUGUGUCGCCCCGCUCCAGUUCAAGUGGUUCCGCUUCCUCGAGCGCGCCUUUCCCAUGACCAAGACGAGCGCCUUUGGUCCGGCUAUGAAGCGCGUCAUCUUUGACCAGUUUGUCUACGCGCCCUUUGGUGUCGGCCUGUUCUUUGUCGCCAUGACGGUGGCCGAGGGGGGCGGCAAACGCGCCGUCAGCGCCAAGCUGCGGGACAUGUACGUCCCGACGCUCAAGGCCAACUACGUCGUCUGGCCGGCCGUGCAGAUCGUCAACUUCCGCUUGGUGCCGGUCCAGUACCAGCUGCCGUUUGUCUCGACCAUUGGCAUCGCAUGGACCGCUUACCUGUCGCUUUCAAACUCUUCCGACUGA